AUGCCAAACGAAUAUAUUCUUGUUACUGGUGGUGCAGGUUACAUUGGUUCUCACACAGUUAUUGAAUUAAUCAAUAAUGGAUAUCAAGUGGUCAUUGUUGAUAAUUUGAGUAAUUCUUCCUAUGAUGCUGUUGCUAGAAUUGAAUUCAUUGUCAAACAGCAUGUUCCAUUCUAUAAUGUUGAUAUCAGAAAUUAUGAACAAUUGAAUAAAGUUUUCCAAGACUAUAAGAUAUCUGGAGUGAUUCAUUUUGCUGCUUUGAAAGCUGUUGGUGAAUCGACAAAAAUCCCUUUGGAAUAUUAUGAUAAUAAUGUGUCGGGAACUGUCAACUUAUUAGAAGUAUGUAAAGCCAAUGAUGUGAAAACAAUUGUGUUCAGUUCUUCAGCCACUGUCUAUGGUGAUGUUACUAGAUUUGGUGAUAAUUCAAUGAUUCCUAUUCCUGAACAUUGUCCAAUGGAUCCAACCAAUCCAUAUGGAAGAACAAAGUUUAUUAUUGAAUCUAUAUUAAAAGAUAUUUAUAAUAGUGAUGAUGCAUGGAAAGUAGCAAUUUUGAGAUAUUUCAACCCAAUUGGUGCUCAUCCUUCUGGUUUAUUAGGUGAGGAUCCUUUAGGAAUUCCAAAUAACUUAUUGCCUUAUUUAGCUCAAGUCGCUAUAGGUAGACGUGAAAAAUUGUCUAUUUUUGGAAAUGAUUACAACAGUCGUGACGGUACCCCCAUUAGAGACUAUAUUCAUGUGGUUGAUUUGGCAAAGGGACACAUUGCUGCAUUGGCAUAUUUGAAAAACUUACAAUCUGAGGGUUUAUACCGUGAAUGGAAUUUAGGUACUGGUAAAGGAUCUACUGUUUUCGAAGUUUAUCAUGCCUUUAGUAAAGUUGUUGGCAGAGAAUUGCCUCAUGAAGUUGUUGGUAGACGUGCUGGCGAUGUCUUGGAUUUGACUGCUAAACCAGACAGAGCAAAUAAGGAAUUGCAAUGGAAAACUGAACUUACUAUCGAUGAUGCCUGUAAAGAUUUAUGGAAAUGGACCACCGAAAAUCCAUUUGGGUUUAACAUUGAGAAUUAUUCUUGGAAAGAAUUUGAUGGGUUUAAUAACCGUUUGCACAGUUUUGUUGCUGGUGACUUGAAAGUCAACUUAGCCAAUCGUGGUGCAUUAAUCCAAGCAAUAACAUUGAAUGGCUCCAAUAUGGUAAAAGCAUAUGAUAAUGCUGAAGGCUUCAAAUCCGAAACUAAUCCAUUUUUCGGCACCACUGUUGGUAGAUAUGCCAAUAGGAUUUCAAAUGGAGAAUUUGAAUUGAAUGGGAAAGUAUACAAGUUAACUAAAAAUGAAGGUGCAAACAACUUACAUGGUGGUGCAAAUGGAUUCGAUAAACAAGAUUUCUUUGGUCCAGUUGUGAAAAGUCGUGAUGGUAAGUUUUUCGUUGAUUUCUUAUUGGUUGAUAAAGAUGGCAAUGAUGGGUUCCCAGGUGAACUUGAAGCUAUAGUGCAUUACACAAUUGAUAAUUCCUCGGUGCAAAUCGAAUAUGAAUGUCAAUUAUUAUCUGGCGAAGCAACCAUUGUCAAUAUGACUAAUCAUAGUUAUUUCAAUGUUUCCAACUCGGACACCAUUGAAGGUAUUGAAGUCAAAUUGGCAACUGAUAAGAUGUUAGAAGUGGAUUCACAAUUAUUGCCAACUGGGAAAAUUAUCAAAAAUGAAAAAGUUGCUAAUCCAAUUGUGUUGAGUGAGAAUGAUGUAUUUGACAAUUGUUUUAUUGUUGACGAGCAAUGUGGUAUAGAUACUCGUGAUAAACCUUUGAAACAAAUUUUUGAAGCAACCAGUUCGGUCACAAACAACAAAUUGAAGAUAUCCUCAACUGAACCCGCUUUCCAAUUUUACACUGGUGACGGUGUUAACACCAAGGGGUUUGGAAAAAGAUGUGGUUUCUGCGUGGAACCAAGUAGAUUUAUUAAUGCUAUCAAUCACAAGGAAUGGUCUAAUCAAGUCAUCUUGAAAAAAGGUGAAGUUUAUGGAAGUAAAAUUAAAUAUGAUUUUCAAUAG